AUGGAAACAGAGUUAUAUCAAGAAGUAGUGGUUCUACUAGUGACCCUCUUACUUUCCUACCUGGAGUCCUGCUUCGCGUGUACCAGAGUUCGCUACAACGACUGCUCGGAUACAACAAACAUGCCGUACAUCAGUGAAUUUGUUCUGGUCUUCAUUCAUAUCGCUCUCUGUGUUAUGAACGCGGGAGAAGCAUGCAACAGAGAUAGGAAGCAUUGUUGCCAGAGUGACUGUAGACCUUGUAAUCAGUUUGGUGGUCCAAAAGCCAGGGGCAUGAAUUCGAAGGUACGAGUACUUUGUCUUAAUAGCACUGAACUGAGGGUCCUACAUAAUGCAGCCUGA